AGCAAAUGUUGUGUAUAUUUAAAUAUAAACGUCUCAUAAAAUAUGGCUGCAAAUAUGAAAUUUUUAAAAUGCAUAAAAAUAAUGGAAACUUAUAAUAAAGAAUUAUUCCUAAAUGAAUAUUCAUUCUAAAUAUUUAAUAAAAUGUUGCCAAAAAAUGCUAUUUAUAUAAUACAAGGAGAACUUAAUCAUGUUGUUGCUGCACUAAGGCGAAGUAAUCGAUGGAGUGGAGCUCACUUUCACCAGGAAGAUGAGCAGGACCCUUUGAUUAAUAGUUUUAUUCAGCUUAAAGAAACUUUACAGGAAACCAAAGACAUAAACAGUUUAGAUACAAAUGUUUUUCUUGGACCAUUUCUUGAUGUUAUUCGUUCAGAAGACACUACAGGACCAAUAACUGGAGUAGCGCUUUCAUCAGUUAACAAAUUCUUAUCAUAUGGAUUACUUGAUCCUUUAUCAGAGAGUGCAAGUUCUGGAAUAGAUAAUUUGGCAGAUGCUGUCACUCAUGCACGUUUUGUGGGAACAGAUACCAGCAGUGAUGAAGUUGUACUUAUGAAGAUUCUACAGGUACUUCGGUCUUUACUUCUUAGUCCUGUUGGUGUUCAUAUGACUAAUGAAUCUGUUUGCGAGAUUAUGCAGUCUUGCUUUAGAAUCUGCUUUGAAAUGAGACUUAGUGAACUUUUACGUCGAAGUGCUGAACAAACUUUGACAGACAUGGUUCAGUUACUCUUUUUACGGUUGCCUCAAUUUAAUGAAGACUCAAAAAGUAUUUUAUCUUCGCCACAUAUUCGUAAGAUGUUCAAGAGAACAGUUCCAACAUCUGGUUCAAGGAAAAAUAGAGCAAAACCAAAGAUGCGUCAAUCAAAAUCUAUGACAACAGUUAAUACCACAACAAGUCCUUCAAAUAAAAAUGGUUCUGAAGAUGAAAAGGAACUUCAAAAAAUAGAAACAAAACGUUCUCAUUCUGAUACAGAAGUUGUUUCUGACAGCAGUGAAUGUAAAACUAUGGUUGACAGCAGUGAAUGUAAAACUAUGGUUGACAGCAGUGAAUGUAAAACUAUGGUUGAAGUAGAACCUUCAUCUGCAGACGAAAUGACAUUUUUAAAAAAACUUCAUUCACAAAAUUCUAGAGAAAUUGAUUCGACAACAGUUGUUGAAAAUACAUUAAGUGAUUCAACAGAAGUUAUGAAAAGUAUUGAAGAUAUAAACCAAGCAUGUGAUCUUCAACUAGAAUCUACAUUAUCGAUGGAAAUUCCAGAUGGUCAAGUAAAGAGCAAGUCAUGUGAUUCUAAUAAAAAUCUCCAAAACUUUGAAGACCAUGGCGUAAUAUCAUUACAAUAUCCAGACGAGUCAGAUCCAACAGUUGGUGAUGAUGAGGUUGCUAGCCCUGUUCAGAUUACUUCAACAACAUUGAAAACUGAAGAGACUAAUAACCAAGAUUAUGUGAAUACCCAGGGUGUUCGUUUCACAUCACAUGAUAAAGAAGGAAUGGGUCCUCUUAUGCCUUAUGGACUUCCUUGUGUGCGCGAGCUGUUACGAUUUCUAACCUCACUUAUCAAUCCUAACGAUCGACACAAUACCAACACAAUGAUACAUAUUGGUUUGUCAUUAAUCAUAGUGGCAUUAGAAUCUGGAGCUAGCCAUAUUGGACACUUUGCUUCACUUUUGCAUAUUGUAAAAGAUGACUUAUGUAAAAAUCUAUUUUCGCUUCUUCAAUGUGAUAUUCACAUUCUAUUUUCAUUAUCAAUGCGUGUAUGUUUCCUUUUGUUUGAAGCACUUCGUCAAAAUUUAAAGUUUCAAAACGAGCGCUUUUUCUUGAAACUCAUGGAAAUUUUAUCAAUUGAGAAUCUUAAUGUUCCUUAUGAGAAGAGAGAAAUGGCACUAGAAUAUGUUAAUCAGCUGUUUCAUAUUGAUGGAUUAGUACAAGAACUUUAUGUCAAUUUUGAUUGUGAUCUGCACUGUGCAAACAUACUAGAAGAUCUUUGUAAAACUCUUUCAAAGAAUGCUUUCCGUCCUGGCAAUCUGUCAUCUGUAAAUUUUUUGUCUCUUGAUGCAUUGCUUACAAUUAUCAAUGAGUUUGAAGCACAUUGCAAGGAUGUAAAAGGAAAUCACCAGGAUGAAAAAUCUUCAGCUGUUGACUUUAUAGUGGAAUAUGAAUCAGAAGUUGAUGAUGUUGAUCAUAGUAUAGGAUGCACUGCUCUCUCCACAUCAGGUUAUGCAACUGGUCAACGAUUUCUUGGUAAUUCUAGUGUUCCAAGCAAGGAUUACAAGACUGAUAGUUUUUCUAGCAAUCUACCUUCUCGAGAAGAAAUUUCUGCUAAAAAAAUUAGGAAAAAAUUGUUGUCACAUGGUAUUGAUGAAUUUAAUAAAAAGCCAAAAAGUGGUAUAGAUUAUUUGCAGGAGCAUGGUUUACUUUCAGCUAAUUUUCUUCCACAAGAUUUAAUUGUUUAUUUGAAAGAAAAUCCUCGCGUGGACAAGAAAACACUUGGGGAUUUUAUUGGUACUCGUAAAAAUGCUGAAUAUCUUAAAGCAUUUGUUGGAUCAUUUGCAAUGAAAAAUCUGCGUAUUGAUGAGGCUCUUCGAAAUUUUUUGGAAUCUUUUCGACUUCCUGGUGAAAGUCCAGUCAUAUCUUUGAUAUUGGAAGAGUUUUCUUCAGUUUAUUUUAAUAAUAAUCCUGUCCCAUACAAGAAUACAGAUGCUGCAUUCACUAUGGCUUAUGCUGUCAUCAUGUUGAAUGUUGAUCAACACAACAAAAAUGUAAAGCAGCAAAAAUCUAUGAACCUUGAUGAUUUUAAAAGAAAUCUUCGUAAAACAAAUGGCGGAGAAGAUUUUCCAGCAGAGUUAUUAGAAGAAAUUUUUGAAAACAUAAGAACGAAUGAAAUUGUUAUGCCUUCAGAACGAAUUGGUAAAGUAAAGGAAGCAUAUGAGUGGAAGGUGUUAAUGCAAAAAUGUGAAGGCCCUGAUUCACAUUAUCUCCAAGUUAAAUCAGCUCUUUAUGACGAGGAAUUAUUUCUAGUUGUUUGGGGUCCUACAGUUGCUGCUUUAUCAUAUAUAUAUGAUAAUGGAAGUGACAAAGUACAUAUUCAGAAAGCUCUUGCAGGAUUUAAGAAGUGUGCUGUGAUCUCUGCUCAUUAUGAACUGUCAGAUGUGUUUGAUAAUCUUCUUAUAUCGCUUUGUAAAUUUACAAGUCUCCUUGUGACUGGUCAGCUUAAUGACAAUCUUUCUGUUGUGUUUGGAAAUAACCUUAAAUCACAACUGAGCAUGAGAACUGUUUUUGUUCUUGCUCAUAAGCAAGGCGAUAUGCUUAGAGAAGGCUGGCAAAAUUUAUUGGUGUGUCUUAUGCAGCUGUUCAAAGGAAAAUUAUUACCACCUUCACUUACUGAGGUUGAAGAUUUUGUAGAACAAAGUGGAAAAAUUAGCCUGAUAAAAGAAGAAGUGCAACCAGUCGCAAAGCAGGACAAUACUGGUGUUUUUGCAGCUUUUUAUUCCUACAUGGUUGCAAAUCCAGACACUCCUGGAAAAUCUGUUUUGUCUGUAGAAGAUCGACAAUCACAAGAAGCUGCACUGAAUUGUAUAAAGGAGUGUCACCCUGAAAAUAUAAUAACAGAAAGUAAAUUUUUAAGACCGGAGUCUUUGCAAGAACUUGUUAAGAGUCUGAUAAUUGCAUCAAAACCCUUGCACUUAUAUGAAUCUACUGAUGUCCCUUAUGAUGAGGAUGCUGCUGUCUUUUUUCUUGAGUUUUUAAUAAAAGUUGCUUUACAGAACAAAGAUCGCAUAUCAUUGUUGUGGCAUGCUCUUCGAGAACAUUUAUCCAAUAUAAUCAUAAGUGCCCCAAAAGUGAGUUUUUUAGUAGAAAGAGCUGUUGUUGGUUUACUUCGAAUAGCUAUAAGACUUUUGGGUCGUGAUGAAAUUUCAUCUCAAAUAUUAAUUACUUUACGGAUUCUUCUCAUGAUGCACCCUAAAGUUUUGCUCAGCUGCUCUAAACAAAUUUCAUACGGCCUUCAUGAGUUAUUGCGAACUAAUGCUGUUAAUUUGCGAUUUUCAAGAGAUUGGAUUACAAUAUUAACAAUACUUCAGGUUGUGGGAGCAGGAGCAAUUCCUCCUAUUGUUAAACCAGGUGUAAGUCUAACUUUAGUAUCUGGAGACAUUUACUCUGUUUUACAAGAAGAAAAAAUUGAUACAGAAACUGGAGAGUUUUACAGUAAUAGCAUUGAGCAAAUAGAUAGAGGCUAUGUUGCUGAUGUAAAAGAAAACACCUACAGUAUGAAACAUCAAAAUGAACAAUGGCUUUUAAUAAAUAAAAAUGAGGAUGAAGGGCUACCUAUAAAUCAAUAUGAACUCAAGUUUAAGGAAAAAUUAAACAAACACAAUUGUAAAGUUUUUAUUAAGGCUUCGUCUUCUAUUAGUUUUAUAGUCAGAGAUAUGGCUCAUGUUAAUGACUAUAACAUAUUUCAAUGUAUCUAUGCAGUUUUAUUGUUUGGUGAAGCAAGCUCAAAUGGUGGUUUAAAGUAUAGAUUGGAUGACUCUGUUAUUAAUGAAAUUGAAAAAGAGCUUAGACACAUUCCUGAAAAGCCUAAACAAAAAGGCAAGCGUGGGUCAUCGCCAAAAAGAGAUAGCAAAAAGUCACAUCAAGCAUUUGAUUCCCCUAAAAAAGAAGAUGAAGUUGAGUUUAAUGAAAACACUGGUAAUAUUUAUGAUGCAAUCUCUUUGCAGCUCCUUGAUCUUAUGUAUGCUUUACACACAAAUGCUUCAGGUAUACUUGGAAACAUGCAGUGGAAUGAUUAUCAAGACAAACAACAGGCUGAACUAAAAGCCAGAUGGAGUAGUAAAGAAAGUAUUGAUCAACUUCCCAGUACUUUUAAAGCUGAUAGCGAUAAUGCCAUGUCAUUGUUAUGGGUAAAGUGCUGGUGUCCACUCCUUCAAGGAAUUGCUCGACUUUGUUGUGAUACUCGACGUGGUAUUCGAAUGACUGCUUUAACAGUGUUGCAACGAUCAAUGUUAGCAGAUGACCUCCAACUACUGUCUGCUGCUGAGUGGGAGAAUUGUUUUAACCAGGUUUUAUUUCCUAUGUUGUCUAAUUUACUUGAACUUUCAACGGAUUGGGAUCCAAAUGGUUUGGAAGAGACUAGAAUGAGAGCAGCUACAUUGCUAUGCAAAGCUUUUCUUUUGCAUUUAAACACUUUAAUAUCAUUGGCAACAUUUACAGCAUUAUGGAUGACAAUGCUUGACUUUAUGGACAAGUAUAUGCAUGCCGACAAUAGUGACUUACUUUUUGAGGCUGUCCCGGAGUCACUUAAAAAUAUGCUGCUUGUGAUGUCAACAGCGGGAAUAUUUGAACAUCAUCAAGAUAUACCAGAGAAUGAAAAUCCAGAUAAAAAAACUAGACGGUACUCAGCAUUGUGGCAGGUUACCUGGGACCGAAUAGACUGCUUUCUGCCAAAUUUAAAAGAUGAUCUUUUAGCGACUCGGUCACCGGUUUCAUUGCGUGCUUCGUCACCUCCGGAACCAGAUGUUCCUAGACUAAUGACUAUUCAUAACAUAGAAGAUGGCGAUUCUGUGCAAAUUUUAAGAACCCAUUCACCUGAACAAAAUAUCGAGUCUUCGUCGUCUUUAAAAGUUAGCUCCGUUUCUUUGACAAAACCACUGUUAGAUAUUGUUUCUACUCCUGUAUCAUCACCAGUUUCACAACGUGCUUCAAGUCCAUUAUUAACAGACGAACCUUCUGGAUUAAAUGUUCAACUCUUUACUCCUUUGCCUCUGAUUAGUCCUCCUGGCAGUGUGCACGCUGUAUCAGAAACUACGAAUGUGCAUCCAGUAGCAGUCCUUUUGCCACCCAUAGCUAUGUUAGAACUUUCACCUAAUGAUAGGAAAGAGGAAACUUCGAAAAAAAUACUUUUUAAUGAUGGAAACACUGAUGUUAGAGCUGUCUUCGAUAUAUAAGAAAUCGUUAUUUUGUUUUAGAUUAAAAAUAUCAAUAGUGUUUCUAGCGAAAAUAUUCUGGAAACAGAUUAUCAUUAUUUUUUUAUUUUUAUUUUUGAAAAUUUUGUAAAAUAUUUACACAAAAACACAAUGGAAUAAAUUAUUCAUCUUAGUUAUGAGUGCGAUUU